AGUCCUGGUCUGGAGUUUCCGGGGGGGGGCGGGGUUUGAGAGAAGCAGGAAGUGAAGUGUCAGUGUAGUUCAACAUGCUGUGUCAGUCACACUCUGAAGCUGCCGCUUCACUCUGGACACACACCGACUGUCCGUGAUGACGGGGGCCGUGCUGCUGGACCUGAUCCACGGCUGCUGCCCAGCAUGCACCGCGGCUUCUCUGCUGGACGAGUCCGCACCAGAUCCGCAUGUGUUCCUGCUUUGCGGGACGCGUUUCCGGGACAGAAAAGGCUUUGAAGGCAGCUGUCUGAGCUCGUGCAGGAGCGUGCAUGUGCUGGACUCCGGCUCCACCGCGGAGUGUUUGUUCCGGUUCAAAGUGACUGUGGACCAGCUGGACCUAAGCUCGGUCCGGGUCCUCACCAGCCCGCAGGGCCAACAAGUUCUGCUGCGGUACCAGCAGCUGCUCUUCACAGCCGUCUAUACCUUUGAUUACCAAAUGGUUGACACACACACCUGUCCGAGCUGCACAGGCCCCGCCCCCACACACUCACCUGUUGGAGGUGAGUCUGAAGAGGAAGAUGAAGAAGAAGAAGUGCGCAGGUUCCUGCAGCAGCUGCCUGCUCUGAGAGGAGAGGUCACAGUGCUGAGGUCCUCAUUGAUCCCAGAGUGUUUUGGUCACGGCUUCAGUACUCGUAGCGGCGGCGUGUCCUCCAUCCAGACCCUGUCCUCCUUGAAUCUGUUCAGCAGCAGGAGGAGGAGGGACCCUGAGGCCGUGGUGAUGGAGAACAGACGGAGACUGGCCCUCCAUGCUGGGUUCAACCAUCAGGAGCUCCGUCUGGUUAAGGUGAACCACGCCAGUGAUGUUUGGGUUCUGGGGAAAGCUGAGCCGGAGAGUUAUGAUGCCAUGGUAACCAAUCAGAUGGGGGUGGUGUUAGGAGCUCCAGGAGCUGACUGCAUGCCCAUCCUGUUCGCUGAUCCCGUGUUAAAGGUCAUCGCAGCCGCUCAUGCAGGCUGGAAAGGGACCCUGUUGGGGGUUGCUACGGCAACAGUAGAGGCCAUGGUGAAGGAGUUUGGUUGCUGUAUGAGUGACAUCAUGGUGGCAGUGGGUCCAUCAGUGGGAGUAUGUUGUUUCACUCUGGAAAGAGAUCAGGCGCUAGACUUCAGCCACAUCCACCCAGACUGUGUACCUGAUCCAGAGUCAGCCCGACCACACGUCAACAUUCGCCUCGCUAACAGAGACGGACCUAACUUUGGCACUCAGGUGGGCUUCCUGUGGAUCAAAGAGACAGAGGAACAGGCUUCACCCCCGACAAGUGAGACCACCUGACUGCAGCUAGUUGGACUGUCUAAUAAUCAGCAGGGUGAAACACCUGCAGACGGCUGGAGGGACCAAAUAAAAACCCUUUAACUUCUAAUCACACAGUUCUGAUUAUACAUGUUGAAUUUAACUAUUAAAUAUGAUGAAUUAGUGCUCCACCACUAUUCCAAUCAUAUUGAGUUCUUUGGCUUUAAAAAAAAAUUUAGUUUUAUUGAUUUAAAGACCUGUGUACCUUACUAGGGGAAGUGGGUAAACUAAUGAGUGAAAUUUUUCAGGUAAGAUCAUUUCAAAUAUUUUUAAUAAUUAUUCUUAUGUUUCUGAUGGUGUUGGCAAAAAUCAAGUUGUGAUCCAGCAAACAUACAGUUUACAUAAAAAAAAUCUGCAACUGGGAGGUUGAACCAAAACAUGUCUGGAUAAACAAAACAUCAUUUGACAAAAAUGAAUUCAUAAUUUUAGAAAUGAUCAUAUAUAUAUAUAUAUAUAUAUGUAUAUAUAUAUAUAUAUAUAUAUAUUUUUUUUUUUUAAAUAAAAAUCACUUAUCUCAAGAAUCACUGUUUAAUGUUAAGUUCCAGCUGACUGAGUUUUAUUGAAGGGACCAGCUGAAGUUCAGCAGCUGCUGCUAAUUAGCAUUAAUGAGGCGUUCAGGUGCAGGCAGGAGAUGUGGGCAGUAUGGCUGCUGUGGGCUAAACACUCUCACAAGAUUAACAUUUGUAUCCUAAAUAAACAUCAUGACCUCUGAAUUCAGUGUUUGUGUCUGAUUGACUCUGAGGUUUUCACAUCCUGAAUAUUAAAGUGAGAGUGAAGUUCUCUAUGAUUGGUUGACGCAUCCUGAGGUCACGUUCAAGGUUUUAUCUGUAAUCAAUAAAGAUUUUCUUCAAACAAA